CAAAUCACAAAUUUGCGUGCGACUCGUUCCUGAACUGUUCCGCCCACUGGCGUGGACAACCCGACGAGACCUUGCUCAGACACCGGCAGCAUGAGUUGCUAUGAGCAGCGCAACGCUACGUCUAACACCCUAACGCCAUUGCUGGCAUUUACAAGUUCGACGUGAGCUCCUGCCUAGAUACAUGUAAAGAUAUCUGGCCGCAAUAUAGUCCACGAAACUGCCGCUCAUUGCAGCUGAGAGAAAAAUAGUCCCAAAAAAGGCCACAUCUAUGGUCCCGCCUCGUCUAUAUCACGGUGCGAUAAAUUCCCAUCCAACUCAGCAGACACACGCCACAAACCGAAGCGAGAUCCACAAGAGACUUUAUCAUGGGUGCAGCGCUGUGCUCGUGUGGCGGCCCGGAAGACCAAGGGCUCAAUGGCUUGGGCUACGACCGGCUAGGCAGUCUCAAGACCGGUCGUGUAGCUGCCGUUGUAGGCAAAUAUGGCGCUUUCCCGCCCAAAUAUCAUCAUCUCCAGCAUCCAGAGCACAGUUCGCUUCUACUGAGUCGCGGUGAGACGUACGCGCUGUCAGACGACGCGCACGACGAAGGAAGCGACGGCACGUACGGUGGCAACGCCCAGGCGUACGCCGACGCCUUCCGAGCCAAGCUACAGGAACCGCCACUGAGUCCUCGCAGUAAAUUCAAUCUACUGAGCUCUCGCUUGGCAUUAGGCAGCUUAGCCACCACAGAGAGCAGCAGGGACUCGGGCAGUGACGAGGACGCAGUUAAGCAAAGCAAACAGCGCGGUUGGAACUCGUAUGCGUUCCCAGACGAGGAGAGCGACGACGACGACGAGUCCGUCACAGAGGAAGACUGGAAACAGCGCGCCAACCCACUCAUCACAAUCAUCGUGCCUCCCGGACCAUGCGGACUCGUGUUACAAGUGGAUCGCGACGACUCCGGCGCUCCUGUAGUGGACGGAUUUGUCCGUAAAUACGACGGCAGGAAGAGCACAAUUGAGAACUCUGGGCUCGUCAAGAAAGGCAGCGUGCUGUGCGCUAUCAACGACAUCGACGUGACGCGCAUGCCGCUCAAGGAAGUUAUCCGCACCCUCAACCUGUCGUCACACCUCGAGCGCGCCUUCACGUUCCGAAACGGCUACCAGCACCGCAACUCGAUGUGAUCAAGAAGAGAAGAAGAUCGUUGCAUGUGCCCUUUUUUUAUAAGAAUUCCCAAAAAUGAGGUUCAAGAAGGAGGCCUUCAUUAGUGUAAAGGAUAUGGCUGUAUAUAGGCUUGCGGGCAGCAACGCAAUCAACUACAUGUACAAGACACGAGUUCCUCUUGGUUCGUUUAUUGUGCAGGACAAGUGCGUUUAUCAGUGGCUAGGCUACCAGUCUACUUCUCGUCC